AAAAAUAAAAAAGCAAGAACUAUUUGAAAAGAGACAUCCAGGGAAGGAUCUGAGAAAGAUGAUAGAACUAGAGAGAGUAAGGAAAGGGGUGGGUUGGGGGAAGAAGAGUGCACUGAGAAGAGACACAAAAAGUACGGGAUAGACUACCAGCUCUUUUUCUGGGUCCAAGGACCUCUCUGACAGAGCUCUCCCUCAUAAAUGUUCUUUAUUUACACACACACACCCUUCAGAUUUGCUACACAUAAGCCUUCCUUGCAGACAGGGUGAUAUGUGUCUCCCGAGAAACAGAGACAGAGAGAAGAGGGCAUGCUGGAGCUUUAGAGGCACAGAGGUGAAGCAUGAAUGGAGAAAGACAAAGCAGGUGCAUUUGUGUGUAAAGUGACAGUUUCAUUCAAAAUCCAUUAGCCAGCAUGUGUGAACACCUCCCAUAUGCAGAAAAUAUUACUCUAAGUGUCAAGGGUAGGCUGAAGAACAAGAUGGGCCCUGCCCCCGUCCUCAAGAAGCUCAGAGUCCAGUGAGGGAGAUAGAGAGUUAAACACAAUACAGUGAGCAAUGCCAGACUGGAGUACAGAGAGGCAGGAAGAGGCACUGAGAUUGAGAUUUGAUUGGGAGGAGGCAGCAUUAUGAAUGACAGAGGGGUGAGGAAUUAGUAGGAGGCAGAGCAUUUUAGAGAUCUGGAGACUCGGCUGCCAUUCUAAUUCAGCAUCUUACUUACCUGUGUGAUCUGAGCAAGUAAUGUCACUGCUGGGUUCUGUUCAAGGAUCUCUUGUAAACAGUGUGCACUGGAUGCCUGAAACCAUUUCUGAGUAAGUUGGUUAUUGUUAUGAAAACAGUUUAAUUCAGAGCCUAUGUCAAGAGUCAAUGUAUGGGGUUGCAAAAGGGGGGCUACCCCUCUGGGCCCUUCCUUCCCCACAACCUGAAAGGCUCUGUCUCUGCCCUCUCUCCCUUCCAGCUCUAGUCUCCCUCAUGCUGAGGCCAUGGGUUUGAAUGACUGAGUCCAGUUUAAUUCAAUUAAAUUUCAUUUGGGUCUGCUUGGCUGUGAUGAAUCCAUCCCCCAAUAGACAAUGACACAAAUGAAUGGGGUCAGCCCUCUGUCUAGCCCAACAACACUAGUGUCGCCCCUGUGAGCUCCCACAGCACUUUGUAUAUUCUUCAACGUCACUCCUUAUCACACAGUGUGGCACUUAAAUCUGUCAUAUAUCCAAGUUUCCCUCUAGAUCAUGGGCUUGCACAUGGCAGGGAAUUUGUCAUGUUCAUCUCUUUGUCCCUAGUGCCUAGCACAAAGGGAGUCCUCUGUACAUGUUUGUUGAGUGAGAAUGAAUGUUUGGAGAUAAUUAAAAUACAAGGCAGAAAAGAAAAAGCAUUCUAAUAGAUACCUAAGGAACACGAAUGGGUUAGAGGAAGGAGAUUAACUCCAAAUGAGGCAUCUAGAAAGGCCUUACAGAAGAGGGGGCCAUUCAUCCGAGUCUUGAAGGGCAAGAGCAAAUAGGAAUUUACCAGAUACAGAAAAUGAGUUUGUGAUGGGGGCUGGUGAAAUAACAUUCCAGGCUGAGAAAUCCAUGUUAGCGAGGGAGGAAGUCAUGAGUGUGCAUGAAGCCUUCAAGAAACUGAGUCAUCGGGUGGCUUAAGUGGGUGCUUUGCAAGAGGAGAUGAGCGGGAGGAAGAGGACAGUUCUCAGAGGAUCUGGAAGACGUGCCAGAGGAAUGCAGACAGUACAGAGCAGAAUUGGAGCUGGCCAUUAGGGUCACCCUUUAUGCAGUGAUCUUUCUGAUGAGUGUUGGAGGAAAUGUGCUCAUCAUCGUGGUCUUGGGACUGAGCCGCCGCCUGAGGACUGUCACCAACGCCUUCCUGCUCUCACUGGCAGUCAGCGACCUCCUGCUGGCUGUGGCUUGCAUGCCCUUCACCCUCCUGCCCAAUCUCAUGGGCACGUUCAUCUUUGGCACAGUCGUCUGUAAGGCGGUUUCCUACCUCAUGGGGGUGUCUGUGAGUGUGUCCACACUGAGCCUCGUGGCCAUCGCCCUGGAGCGAUACAGUGCCAUCUGCCGACCACUGCAGGCACGCGUGUGGCAGACGCGUUCCCACGCAGCUCGUGUGAUUAUAGCCACAUGGAUGCUCUCUGGACUGCUCAUGGUGCCCUACCCAGUGUACACCGCGGUGCAGCCAGCAGGAGCGUCCCGUGUGCUGCAGUGCGUGCAUCGCUGGCCCAAUGCACGUGUCCGCCAAACCUGGUCGGUACUGCUGCUCCUGCUUCUGUUCUUCGUCCCGGGUGUGGUUAUGGCUGUGGCCUACGGACUCAUCUCCCGCGAGCUCUACUUAGGGCUUCGCUUUGAUGAAGACAGUGACAACGAGAGCCAGAGCCGAGUCCGAAGCCAAGAAGGGCUGCGGAAUGGGGCGGGACCAGGUCCCGCCCACCCGACUGGGCGUUGCAGGUCAGGGAAUGGGCUGGCUGGCGAGGACGGUGACGGCUGCUACGUGCAGCUUCCGCGCUCCCGGCAGACCCUGGAGCUGUCCGCGCUGACCGCGCCCACUCCUGGGCCAGGAUACGGCCCCCGGCCCUACCAGGCCAAGCUGUUGGCUAAGAAGCGCGUGGUGCGGAUGUUGCUGGUGAUUGUUGUGCUUUUUUUCCUGUGUUGGUUGCCACUGUACAGCGCCAACACAUGGCGUGCCUUCGACAGCUCUGGCGCACACCGCGCACUUUCAGGGGCGCCAAUCUCUUUCAUCCACUUGCUCAGCUACGCCUCAGCCUGUGUCAACCCCCUGGUCUACUGCUUCAUGCACCGUCGCUUUCGCCAGGCCUGCCUUGAGACGUGUGCCCGCUGCUGCCCCAGGCCUCCACGCGCUCGCCCCAGGCCUCUUCCCGAUGAGGACCCUCCCACCCCUUCCAUUGCUUCACUGUCCAGAUUGAGCUACACCACCAUCAGCACACUAGGGCCUGGCUGAGGCGCAGAGGAGGAGCGGAGGCUAAGGCGGGACACCCCCAUUCCUACAAGCAGGGACCCAUCCAGACACACAGGAGACACACACCCACUGACACCCAAAAGCAUGGACUAAUCCCAGUGCGCGUGCACACGCACACACACGCACAGUUGGCUUACCUGACACAAACUAAACUCCCACACAGGAAAUUAGGCACACUCUUGAUAUGGGACUGAGCCUGGCACACACAAACAUGGCACUGACCUUAGACAUACACACACACAGCAUCCCUAGCAAUGGACUAUCCGUACUUAGCGGAAACGCAGGGAGGCUGGCCUGCCUCUCGUAUACACACAGUAAUGGCACUGAUUCUUUAAGGCUCCGGAGCCGGGCACCGUACCAAGUCCUGAGAUGCUCCAGGCCACCCCCAGUUUGACCUCACAGUGCCCUUCCCCAUUUCAGCACUGAAAAUACCACCCAGCCUAAUCUCACACCUCCUGACCCAACAGACUGUUCUGCACUGAAAAGUCCCUUCAUUCCUUUCCAGUUCCAUACUAUGGCCCUGCCCCUCUUCCCUCACCCAAACUCUUUGAGAAAUAAAAAUGACUUGGCUUCCUCCUGAA